AUGGUAUAUCUGAGAAUGGCUGUACAUCGGCUGAAGAAAGAUGAACAACUGAAAGUGUUACCGUCAUUGUUGAACGCGUUGAAAGCGAAUCUCGCAGACAAGAACGUUGUCGAUCAAAUAAUUCUGUUGACUGCCGGUGGUUGGUUGCGAUUAGCAGAAAUGAAUGCCGAGAAAUGGCCUGAUCUCAAUGAACUGAAUGACCCUUCGAUACGUUCUGCAGUCCUCAAAUUCUUCUCGGAUAUUCUCGCAUUCCCAUAUCCAGUUGGUGAUUUAGCGACAUUCGUAACGAGAGUGGAAGCAACUCGUAUGGUCAAUUUGAGUUGUAUAUCAAUCAGCACUUACUUAAAGAUCGCUAAGGACCUUUUCGUGGCAGCAUCAUUGUCCAUCACUGAUGUGAAAGUGGCCGUUUUGAAAGUGUUAUCGUCGAAGUAUUUCACCGAUAAGGAUUGUUUGCCGUUGCUGCCGUUGGGUCUGGCGAACGGCUGCAAUGAAGUGGAAUUCGCGGCGGAUUCUUGCAUGAAAAGAAUUGAUCAGCCGGAAACUCUGAAAGAUAGAGGAGUCAUCAAUAAAUUGUUCACACUGUAUUUGGGCAAUCCGUCGAAGGUUAGUUUAAAAAUGCAACGAGGUGACCGUAUGGAAUAG